UCACAGGAUUUUACAGCGUGUCAUUGUGUGCAGCAUUUCCCUCCUUCUAUCAUACGUAAAAUAUUACCAGGCUUAUCACGCACAGCCGGCUAAUGAUACGUCAUUACAGGAAAUUGGAAAUUUAAAACAUACCUUUAUUGAAAUGUGUGAUAUAAAGUAUUAACUUGAUCUUAAUGCCUGUGUAGAUCAGUAUCAAUGGAAGAAAAAAGGUAAAGACACGAUUCGCUCUGAUAAAGUGGCAGCCUGGUCGGUUUAAUGACAUUUUAAGAACUUCAUUUGAAUAUCCCAUCGAGCCUAAUGAGGGAUACAUCCUCUCCCCCCGGAGCUAAAGUCCUGUCUCUGUGGGAACCGGCUGAUAGCAGGUAGACUUUGCCCUGAAGGGGAAGAGACACUACAGGAAGAGCAGCGGGGCAGACUCCUGGCCGUCACAGCCGAGAUCUACAAACUUUUCCAGGAAUGGACCGUAAUAAAGGAAUUAGCAGGGAUGAGGCAUAUGAAGCUCGUCCCCCUCCGUAUAACAUAGAUGACUAUAAUAGACAAAAUACCUACACAGGGAUGAGCUAUCAGGUGGGGAAGGGGAAUAUUGCAGUGGUUUCCCCUCCUACCACCUACAAUAACAUGGUCCAUCAUGAGGCCGCAGCUGAAGGCGCCCAAGACCUCAAUCCCCCGCCCGACUACUCCAGCGGCAUUGAGGAAAGCGUCUUUUCUGACAGUACCAUCAGACGAGGUUUCAUAAGGAAAGUCUACUUGACCUUGAUGGUUCAGCUGCUGGUGACUGUCGGGAUCAUCUGUGCUUUUCUUUACUGGGAGGAUCUCAAAGAAUGGACAUAUGAAAACUCCUGGUUCACCUAUAGCAUGAUGCCGGCAACGUUCGUGCUCAUCUUGGCCUUGGCCUGCUGCGACAACCUCCGCCGUCGAGUCCCCCUCAAUUUCAUCGCCCUGGGUCUGUUUACUAUUGUAGAGGGCCUCAUGCUUGGAUCCCUGGCAGUGUUUUUUGAAGCUGAAGCUGUCAUGUGGGCAGUGGGGGCCACAGCACUGGUGUCCUUCUCCUUGAGUGUAUUUGCCAUGCAGUCAAAGUGGGACUUCACCGCCAAAAGUGGGUGCCUGUGGGUGUUUGCUUGGACCCUCCUUUCGUUCGGAUUGCUUUGUGCAAUCCACCGAUCGCAGUAUCUUUACAUCGUGUACGCCUGCCUGGGAACCUUGCUGUUUUCUUUUUACUUGGUGUUUGAUACCCAGCUUAUCCUGGGAGGGAAGAACAGGAAGUAUGAAAUCUCUCCAGAGGAGUAUGUGUUCGCUGCUCUCAACCUCUAUUUGGACAUCGUCUCCCUGUUCCUGCUGCUGCUGCAGCUCAUCAGCCUCUGCCGCUGACACACAACCUCAAUGGCAUCCACCUCACAGCAUCACUGAAGCCUCUGUUAGUCCUGCAGGAAUGGGCUACUACAGUAAUCUAUCAGCGAUGCUGUUUGAAAGUCACACUUCAGGGUUCAUGUUAUGCUUAAUUUGAAAAUGUUACGCUGCAUUAGUGUGCACUUCUGCCCAAUUUGCUUUGUAUAGUUUUUUACUGAAAGGCCACUGUAGCAGGAAACUUAAAUCUUUACCCAGUCUUGCUGUUAACAAAAAUAACAUUUGAAUCAUUUGUCCUGAAGUUAAAAUGCAGCUCUAGAUUCUUAAAUCUGAACUCACUCCAUGAAAUGACAGAAUGUGUCUGCUUCAGCACUGCCACCAAACAGGACCAGUGCUCUGUUCGUCUUCUCCACUCUGAAUAAAGAUUUCUCACUGACGCAGUAAAA